AUGCUUCGCAUUUUGUUGGAGGACGUCAAACCAAACUACAUUUUGGGCACGCGCAGUUUCGACGCGGCACUGGAACGACCCAUUGCAGGAGAAUAUCGCACCAUGCUACUCGCCCAAGUCGGUCCGCAAUCCUUUUACACCUCCUCCGAAUCGAAUGAUCACAUUUUUGGAGCUCACAUUCCCAGUGAAGGAUACGGAAUUCCCGCCUUUCAAGCCUUGCGCUUUGCCGUCAACACGGACCGACAACAGCCCAUUCGCAUCGUUUACCGCGAUCGAUCCGAAUUCUUUUACAGUACGUGUCGGGCCGUCUACGAUCGAGCCAUGGAGGAAGGUUUUACAGAACAAACAGAGGCCAUUGAAUACAAUCCCAAUGAUGAUCAUGAUCAGGAUGGAAUUCCCAAUCAGGACGACAUUGACUUUUUACAAGGUGUCGCCGAUCAAGCGUGCAGUGGCAAUGACGACAACACGGGUGUCGCCAUUUGGGCCUGUUUAAUGUCGGACACGGAAGUCAAUACCGUCCUCGAACGAUGGCGCCACAAUGGCUGUCGCUUCAACAUGUUGUGGCUCACUGUGGCAUCCUGGGCAUGGGCACAACGAUUUCCCGACAUGGUCCCCUACAUUCAAUCGGGAGGACAAUGGCAUAAAUCCAUGAAAUAUUCAGACGAAUACUUUGACAGUGGACAAGCCAUGCUGGAUCACAUGACACGACAAUUUGGAUACGUACCCAGUUAUAGCGCGCUGGGAGCCUAUCAUGCCAUUUAUCUCAUGUAUCAAAAUGUCCGCAAAUUCUUUCAGGGCAAGGAUCACCCGCAAGUGGCACAAGUGUUUGCGUCUCCCGCGCAAUACGAAGAAUUGCGACGCAGCAUGUUGGAUUUGAGUUUGCCUCAUACGUUGUACGGACCCACGUCGUUUGACGAACAUCGGCGCAAUGCUGGACGAGGGAGUGCCGGAAUGCAAUGGGAUGUACCCGAACAGACAACAACGACGACAAACAAAACCGACAAAUUUGAAUUGUUGCUUGUGUCGCCCAUUGAUCAGGCUACCACGGCGGUACGAUUUCCCGCACCGGCUGCACGGGCCUGUCCGCCUGGAUCAUUUGUCAAUGCGUCCAAAAUAUUCAAUUCUACCGCCCUGCUCGAGGACAAGUGCGAUGUGUGUCCCGUGGACACCUUCCAACCAGACGACGACGACGACAAUCAUCAUAAUGCAUACACCUGUCGCCCGUGUCCCGAGGGAUCAGGUACCGAUGGAGAAACGGGAGCGACCAUUUGUGUGCAAUUGCAAGAUAAUCUAGUCUCGGCGGGACUCCAUGUCUUUGGAUACUUUGUCAUGGUUGUGGUCUUUUGCUUGGCCAUUGGUUUUGCCGUUUGGACCAUCAUUCAUCGAGAAGAUCCCGUGGUGCGGAUUGGACAGGUGGAAUUCCUCUUGUUGAUUUGUUUAGGACCCAUCAUUUCCAGUUCUUCCAUUGCACUAUUGUCGGUACAGGCAGGGUCUCUGGACGACGAAUCCAAUGCCAAUAGAGCCUGCAAGGCAUUGCCGUGGUUGUACACCACCGGAUGGAUGCUCCAAUAUGGAAGUCUCAGUGCCAAAUCCUAUCGCAUGUACUCGACCAUGAAAGCUGCCGAAACCAUGCAGGGAGGAAGAACUGUAACAGUCUUUGACAUGUACAAGAUCAUUGUCAUGUUGUUGCUGCUCAAUUGGGCCAUUGUCAUUCCUUGGCACAUCGUCGAUCCGUUGGUGUGGGAUCGGCAAGACCGGGGAGUUGCCGUCGAUACCGAACAAGGUGUGCUGACGUAUGAAUCCUACGGACGGUGUUCCUGUAAUCAUUUCUUUUCGUGGGCGGGACCCAUCUUGGCCUUGCAGGUGGUCGUCAUGGCGGUGACCAACUAUUUGCUCUACACGAUUCGCAAUGUUAGUGAUCGCUAUCAGGAAUCCAAAUAUGUGGCCAUGGCGUCGGCGUAUGCCUGUGAAUUUCUAAUCGUGGGCGUGCCUAUUUUGAUUGCGGUGGGGGAGAAUGCCGUGGCAGCGAGCUACAUUGUGCUCGUUUGCAUUGUCGGACUGAGCGACAUUGGUAUUCUGCUCAUGAUUUUUGCGCCCAAGGUCCUGUACAGUCGAAAGGGACUACCGGAGGGUGUCACUGUCGGACAGAGCAUCUUCAAAAGGGGAAGUAGUCAUCGGUCGCGGCCCAACUCGCACAUUGAGCCCAACUCGCACAUUGAGCCCAACUCGAAUCAUGACAUGGAAGACGACGAUACACCAGAGCCACCCGCAAAAGAAGCUGCUGAUAGCUACAGCAACUACAACAACCGAUCGUCAUCGGCCGUAGCUAGCCUUGCUUCGUUGACGUCAAUUGUGAAGGAAGGUGUAGCCGCAGAACCACUCGAAACCACAUCGGAGGACUUUCGGGAAGCAAAGAAACAGUCGGAAGAAGGGGCUCUUGUGAACAAUCUAACUCUUCAAUGGUGA